CCUGUGACAACAGCUUAGCUUCACAAAUCACCAGAAGAAGCGCGGGUCCAUCUGCAUCAACACAAACGGCAGGCCGCACCCCCCCCGUGGGCACCCACCGACGUCCCCGUGUCCUUCACUGUCCCGGGGGGAGUUACGGAGUUUGUCCGAACCCACCGCCCCCCCCCCCUGCCUCCUCUUUAUAGUGGUCUGCCCCGCAUGGCUGCCAUGUUGGAUGUACGCAUCGCUUCUGCAUCUGUAGGAGUUUGCGAAUGAAAGUUGACGGUUUACGCGCGUGCAGACACACGGAGAGUCCUCCUCGCGCCAUUUGACUCGCAAACGGAGACGUUGGGGCUUCUCAUCCCGGGGGCCGAAGCCCGGAACACACCCGACCCGGCGCCCCGUCCUCCCCCGCCCCUGCAGCCGGGAGUCGGAUCCGCGGAGAUGAUCCGGUUGCAGGCCACAGCAACCGGAGCCCGCAUGGAUCUUCUGUAAUUUCUCUCGUUUCCCGAGUCCGUCCGGGGAUAAACUGCACUUCUUUCCGGGGGGGGGGGGUUCGAGGGGCGCCAAGUCGAGGAAUCCGGAGCCAUGAACAACCACCCGCAGUCCCGCAGGGCUACCAACGUCGGCUCCAUCCUCCUGACCCCGCAGGAGAACGAGUGCCUGUUCGGAUACCUCGGCAGGAAAUGCGCCACUCUGUGCUCGGCGGUGGUCCAGGUCUACGGCGCCGACCGCGGCGGCGGCGGCUGGCUGAAGCGAUGCUGCGGAGUGGCUUGUCUGGUGAAAGACAACCCGCAGAGGUCCUACUUCAUCCGAGUGUUUGACAUCAAGGAAGGGAAAACCAUGUUUGAGCAGGAGGUCUACCACAACUUCUGCAUCAGCAGCUGCAGGUCCUACUUCAUCUCGUUCACAGGAGACACCUGUCAGAUCGGCCUGAACUUCGCCAGCGAAGAAGAGGCCAAAAGAUUCAGAGCCGCCAUCAACGACCUGCUCAACCGCCGACAGCGCAAGACCGAGAAGAGAGGUGACCCUAAAAAUGGUCCUGCUCUGCACAUCGCCACGGUGGACAUCAAGAACCCGGAGAUCAACAGCGUUCGAUUCCACCAGCAGCCGCCGUACCACCUCAAAAACGUGCUGAGCAGGAAGGACAAGAAGAACAAGAGCAAGAAGAAGAAGCUGACCAAGGCCGACAUCAGCACGCCCAGCAACUUCCAGCACAUCGGUCACGUGGGCUGGGAUCCAGACACAGGUUUUGAUCUGAACAACUUGGACCCCGAGCUGAAGAACCUGUUCGACAUGUGCGGCAUCUCCGAGGCGCAGCUGAAGGACCGAGAGACGUCCAAGGUCAUCUACGACUUCAUCGAGAAGAAAGGCGGCGUGGAGGCCGUCAAGAACGAGCUGAGGAGGCAGGCCCCCCCUCCACCUCCUUCCCGUGGCGGUCCUCCACCUCCUCCUCCACCACCACACAACUCGGCUGCGCCCCCUCUUCCUCCCCCUCCGUUCAGAGGGGGGCGCGGAGCCCCGCCUCCCCCUCCUCCGUCCAGAGCCCCCACCUCUGCGCCUCCUCCUCCGCCUCCCUCCAGACCGGGAACUCUGGGUGCCCCUCCACCUCCACCCACCAGGGGAGUACACCAACCCACUCCCCCCCCCCACCACCAUCAACACCUCCAUCACCAGCCUCCUCCUCCACCCCCUCCCCCAUCUUCCCUGCACGCUUCGGUCACCCCGCAACCCCCGCCCCCUCCACCUCCACCGCUGAGCCAGCAGUCUCCAGCCCCAGCGCCCCCGCCUCCUCCGCCUCCCCCCCCCGGCCCCCCUCCCCCUGCGGAGCUGGACGGCGUCUCUCCCCAUUCGCCGAGCCCCGGCGGGAAGUCGGCCCUGUUGGAGCAGAUCAGAGGCGGAGCUCAGCUGAAGAAGGUGGAGCAGAUGGAGCGAGCGCCGGGCGAGAAGCGGGACGCUCUGCUGGACCAGAUCCGCCAGGGCAUCCAGCUCAAGACCGUGCCGGAUCACCCGGAAUCCGGACCGCCGGCGCCCGGCCCCACGGCGGGCAUCGUCGGCGCCCUCAUGGAAGUGAUGGACAAGAGGAGGGAAGCCAUCCAUUCCUCAGACGAAGACGAGGAUGACGACGAAGACGAGGACUUUGAUGACGAUGAGGAGUGGGAGGACUAGUCCUGAGGCCCCCCCCCCCAAAACAACCGCUAACACUAAGACACCCGCUAAAGAUCCUGCAGCAUCUGACUGACGUCGUGAUGUAAACGUAUGAAUCCGGCUGCAUAUUUAUUUCUGCCUUUUGUUAACGAUAAUUAAUCCGCACAAUACCUCAUCUGCUGUGAACCCGUCACGCGUCCUCCGGGUCGGACUCGUUUCCUCCGGGUCGGGACACCGGGGGUCGAAUCCCGCUCACUGUUUGUUCGUUUGGACUCGUCGUCAUGGAGACGUGUGCGACCAAACUCUUUGUGUUUAAACACUAUUUCCUUUUCUUACCUUCGAGUUUCCCAAUAAAUUGUAGUUUUAGUCGUGUUAUUUUUCCAUAAAACCUCCUUUUGACCAAAAUGCGGCGGUCCGGUCGCCUAGCGUUGGUUUUCAACGUAAAGGGUUUUUUGUUUUUAUGAAGUUAAAGCCGUUUAUUUGCACAGUUUAUAUGAUAGUUGCGUUUGUGUUUUUCAGGUGUGCGUUUUGUCGAGUAAUCGUGUUUCAGUUACAACUGACAACGGGACACUUUUUUUUUUUUUUUUUUUUUU